AUGGCCUCGCGCCUUGCUUUCAUUGCGGACUGGCUCGAUCCUAACUCAGGGGUGCUGUGGCGCUACCAGCUAUUCUACUAUCCAGACACGGGCGAGGUGGAGAUGUUUGACGUCAAGAAUCGCCGCCACUUUUUGAAGCGCAUCAAAUACGACGGCCUGGCGGCGGAGCAGCUGUUCCCGGGCGCGGUCGUGACGGUGUACGCGCGGCAGCUGCGCGUGACUGACUUUGGGGACGACGCCACGCGGCGGGCGGUUGAGGCGCGCGCGGAGCGCACGCUGGCCAUGGUAAAGCCCGACGCGGUGCGGCAUACCGGCAAGAUACUGCAGGCGGUUGGUGGCAGCGGUCUGCAGGUCGCCAAUGUACGCAUGGCGCGGCUCUCGCGGGGUGAUGCCCAGGAGUUCUAUGCUGCACACGCUGACGCGCCCUAUUUCGAAAAGGUGCGGCGGGGGCGCGCGCCGGAUGCAGGGGCCGCGGGCGUCGGCUGGUGCGGAAGCACGCGGCAGUGGGGGGCGUUGGGGCCAAGCGCAUGUGCACGCAGCUGA